AUGCCGCCAAAUGCCAACCCAUUUCUCAGUCAAAUUGAAUAUUCCAACUAUCAACAACCAUCAUGCAGGCCUUUAACAAUGAUGUGGAUACAACAACACAUGAAUCUGACUGAUGAAGAUGAUACAACAGAUACAGCUGAGUCAGUAAAACCGUUCAAAAUCCCCCAACUCACGAUCCAGACCCGAAACAGGUUCUUUAAGCUUCGUCAUCUACCGGAUGACGAAGAUUACGGAAAUUGGUUGGAGUCACCUGUAGAUAUGAACCAACCAAUACAAGAAGCUGAUGCGCCACGUCAGGCUGAAGAUGAUGUAGGUGUGAUCCAGCAAAAUCCGGUUGGAAAUGAUGUACAUAAUCCAACAGGAGUUGUUGUGGCUUGGCCGGAUGAAGAAUGA